AGCUUCAUGCAGCAUUGACAAAUCAUAUAUCUGAUAGUGCGGUCCUUCUGCUACUGGAUGUGUGACAGCAGGAGAGCAGCUGGAACAGCAUCUCAGUGAGUUGAGGAAUAUUGUGGUUGGCUCCAGCAGUCAGGCAUAUAACAGAAGGUCCACGGCUGCGUGACUGUUCCGUGGAAAACGUGAGCAGAAAGAGGAAUGUGAACUGAACGAGCUGCAGUCUGACCUCGAGAAGAAGGAUUACACUGGGAAUUGUCACUCAGGAUAUCCCCGUUCCGUCAGGGAAUCGCCUGUUUUUUUGCAGUCAAGAAUAACUUUAGAAGACCAGCACCAUGAUGACUGCACGUGAAAAAAUCAAGAAGAAACCGCCCAAAGACAGUCUGACGCUGCUUCCCUGCUUCUAUUUUGUAGAGCUUCCCAUUGUGGCGUCCUCCAUGGUUUCUCUGUACUUUCUGGAACUGACGGAUGUGCUCCAGCCGGCGCAGGUGGGAUUCCGCUGCCGUGACCGUUCACUCAGCAUGCCGUACGUGGACAGCGGUGAUGAGCUCAUCCCUCUGCUCAUGCUCCUGAGUCUGGCGUUCGCCGGCCCUGCUGCCUCUAUCAUGAUAGGUGAAGGUCUACUGUAUUGUAUGCAGUCCAAACUGAAGGUCCGUCCAGGGAUUGAGGGAAGCAUAAAUGCUGGUGGAUGUAAUUUUAACUCUUUCCUGCGGAGAACUGUUCGUUUUGUUGGGGUUCAUGUGUUCGGUCUUUGUGCAACAGCACUGGUUACUGAUGUCAUCCAGCUGGCCACUGGCUACCACACACCAUUCUUUCUCACAGUGUGCAAACCCAAUUAUACCGUCCCAGGUGUGUCCUGUGACAAGAACCCUUACAUCACCAAAGACAUUUGCUCUGGCCAGGAUCAGCAUGCUAUUCUGUCUGCCAGGAAAACCUUCCCUUCCCAGCAUGCAACCCUCUCUUCCUUUGCUGCAGUUUAUAUUUCAAUGUACUUCAACUCAACAAUCUCUGAUAGCACCAAGCUGCUCAAACCCGUUCUGGUGUUUGCCUUUGCCAUUGCGGCUGUGUUGACGGGACUCACUCAGAUCACCCAGUACCGCAGUCACCCUAUCGAUGUUUACGUUGGGUUCUGUAUUGGUGCUGGAAUUGCCGCAUACCUGGCUUUCCAUGCUGUUGCCAACUUCAAAUCUCCAGAGGACACUGUCAUCCCACAACCCCCUCCUCUGCAGAAGGAUGCUUUGAGGGCUCUGGCCCAGAGAGGCCACGACUCAGUCUAUAACAAAAGCCACGCCUCUGAGAGCAAUGAGGAAAUAACAUCACCAGCAUCUCUAGAUGGGCUGAACCGGCCUGUACAGCGGGAGAAAACUUCAUUGGGAAGCUUAAAGAGAGCCAGUGUGGAUGUGGAGCUACUGGCGCCUCGCAGCUCAAUGGGUAAGGAGACAAUGGUAACCUUCAGCAACACAUUACCACGUGCUACAGCCCCAGAAGAGCCAACGAGGCGUCUGGUGACAGUACCUGUUCCAGUACCACUGGACCCAAUGAGGUCACAGCAAUUAGUGUCUGAAUGGAAACAAAAGUCAAUGGAGAUGCGAGGUGGCAGCUUGCCCGAUGAGGACACCAGCGAGCAGGGCUCAGAUGGUGGCAACGACACAACCACAGAGGAGGAUAGCGUCCACUCUUCACUCUAUUCGUCGGUUCAACAAUCACCCAAACCUGCUAACCCACCUGCAGGUGCAAGAGUAGUGAUGCCCCCUCGUCCCCCAGCACAGCCCUCGGUCCCCCCGCCUGUGUCCCCUAAAAGCGCCAGCACUCGGGCCAAAUGGCUGUCCAUCACAGAGAAAAGUGGUGCUAAUAUUCCAGUUCUUAAGGCAGGAAAUCAGCCUCGGAUCAUGCAGGUCAUUGCCAUGUCAAAGCAACAGGGACUCCUGUCUGGAUCAGCCAAAUCCUCAGAGACUUCGUCCUCUUCUGGUACAGAAUCAUCAUCUAAUCAUUCAGAACGUGAUAGCAGUUCAGGCAUCAUCACGGUUGAUGCCCACGCAUCCCACCUCCCUGUAGUUCGUAUGACCUCCAACCCCAACAACCCCUGGGAGUGGAGAGGAUCUUCUGAUGGAAACAUGGCCGAGUCGUACGAGCUUAAAAACCUCAACCGUGAGGGUUCCUGCAGUUACCGUCACGUCAGAAGCAUCUCUCCUUGCUCCUCCAUCAGUGAGACUGACCACAGGCCGCCCCAGCCUCCUCAACCCCCCCAGCCACCACUUCCCCCUCAACUCCCACCGGUGGGUCAAACCUCAGAGGGUCGCAGUCUGCGCCGCAAGACCCCUCUAGUUCUGCUGGAUAGAGAGGGCAAUCUGAACCACACUGAACAGGUCAACUACUACAAAAAGCUACAAAGUGGCAGGCAUUUCAAAGAGUGACAAUGUGUUAACAUAUAUUUGAGCACAACUACACUUUUUGGUCUUUGGGUUUUCAUUUCUUGAUUUGAUUCCAUGAGCAAUAUCUGAAUAACCGGAUCCACUACACUUUGAGUCAGUAGAGCUUUUGAGAGAUCCUCCUUCUGAUGACUUAAGAGCACAACGGUUUUUGUCCGUUGUUUUGAUAACUACAUUAUCGAAAUUCCCAUCAUUUGUAUUGUGUUUACAUAAUAUCCAUAUUAACAAAUUCCAACAAGGCAGAUUGUAAAAUAAGGUUUGGGUUUAUUUUUAUUGCUGCUUUUUUUUGGUUCAUACUUAAACGUGUGACUGAGAUGUCAAUUUGAAUUUAUGUGUAUGUGUGUUUACGCACGAUUGUUUAGUGUAUGUUGUAGUGAUACAAUAAUAUUAGAAAAUAUUUGAUUGCCUUGUAGCUCUCAUGGUGAAAAGCGAUUUGAAUUAUUUUGUUGGCUCUUUAUGAAUGAUAAUUGUUCUGAAAAAGGGUACCGUCCUUCAUUCUACAUCUGACUAUAAUUGCUUAUAAACUGUUCUGGAACAUUCUGCAAGUCUACUGAAGACUCCCUGUGUAAAACGGUGGUAAUAUGGAAGCACUUUGAAUAAGCACUUAUAAAUCACUUCACCCUUUGUGUGUAAACAAGUGAGGUGAAUUGGAUUUUCAGUGAAAUAUUCCAAAGGAAUAUUAGACUUACUUGGACUCUUUACGGAAAGUAUUUUCUCAUAAUUCAUCAUGUACCUUAUACUGGAACAUCAGCUGAACAACAGGUCCAUUGAAGGAUUCACUGCAGGUUUUUUUUUUUUUUUUUGGUGUAAAUCACAAAAAGAAUUUCUACAAACUCUCUGGGAUUUAUCUGUAAUAGUUAGCGGUCUCCUUGUCAUGCUGUUUCCCAGAGGUUCUCCUCUAAAUGAACAUGAUGCAUGUUAUGUGAGUGUCGUCAAGGUGGAAGUGAAGCCUUGUCAGUGAAGAAUUUCAAUCUGUUCUAAUGUACAUGUGCAGCUGUCACUGCAGGUUGAAUUCUGUGUGUGUCAGCUCUCUCUUCACGGUGCUCUGAGCUGCUCCUGGAUCUCUGUAGAUGGUUGUCCGUAAUGGAUGCUUUGUGCUGUUGAUGCAGUGUCUGAAAAAAGACAACAAAAAUGACAACAAUAAACAAGCUGCUGUAAAUUAAAAUAGAUGUAAACUGCAAUCCUUGCCCCUCCCUUUAAUGCACUGAAAUAUUUUCUUUUCAUCUUUAUAGACUUCUUUCAUUUAUAAACUGAAACCUGCCUACAGCAGGUUAGUGGUUGGUUAUGUAGACAUUUGAGAGUGAGUGGUAAAAAAUUCUGAGCCAUUCGUUCUGCCUUCAAUUUAACAUCUCUGAAAUGGUGCCUUUUCACAGUAUACAGCAGCAUCUCCAUCACAGUACUGGGACAUUAGUACACACCUCAGGGUGAGCACCCCCUGUUGGCCUCACUUCUCGCAGCAAUUUAAUUCUCAUAAUAAUACUCCCAUCCAGGUACUGGCCAAGCACAACACUGCUUAGCUUUAGUGACAAACCAGUUUAGAGCUGCAGGGUGUCAGGUUUUCCAAUGCAAGCAAAAAAAAAAAAAAAAAGCUUUUGAUAGAUGAGAGGAGCCACUGCUUAUGCUUAGGGCACUCAAACUCCCCAAGUUGUCCCAUACACAACAAACCUGCAUUUUAUGUUUUAAAAUGAAUUAAACACGGUCUGAUUUUAUUUAUUUAUUAUUAUUAAUUGUGAGAACAGAUUUUAUAGUUUACUGUUGUUCAUCUAACAAUCCAUUGAUGCCCGACAAGAUAAACAAUAUAUGUUUUGUGAAUUUACAAGAGCCAUUUACAAGUUUAUUAAGUGCACAUGUUUUUGUUUAAUCAUUGUCAUUUGAUUAAGCAAGCUCCCAGAAGCAUAAUGACUCUGGAGGUCGAAAUGAUCAUACUUAACCUCAGCACAGCCCUGGCAAAUAUUUACAGUAAUUAACCAGAAAUAUUAACCAAUAAAAUACUGCAGGCGUUUAGGUUUGAUUCAGUAUAUGACAUGCUUGCAUUUGAGAUCUGAUUUUUAAACAGCCUGAUUUCUAAUUAAAACUGGAUUUUUAAUCUCUCCACCACAGAUAAUUUCUAGCCCAGAGCAUUUUAUAGCAUUUGCAAGACAAUCUUGCUGAGGUCAUACUUUAAAUUCUUAUUAAUUGCAGAUUAAACCAAAGCACUGGCAGUGCAAGCAUUCCUGAACAUAAAAUGCAGCUUGAAUAUGAAACUUUUAGAUGCAGGAUGUGGCAAGCCACCAAUAAUAAAGUGGCAGGAAGAGAAAGAAAAAUCUACUACUGCAAAGCGCACCAUCUGUGGGAGAUUGUUUUUACUCAGAUUAAAAGAAAACAGUGAUUUACAGUAUGGCAAAUGAUUGCAGUGAUUUUACCAAAAAAUAAAUGUUUUAUUUUUGAGACAUCUAUUAUGCCUCGACAGCAUCCCACACCUGGGGUUUAAUUAUACUGUUGCAAUGCUUUGAGUGAGUACUGUAGAGAUGCAAAGGAUGUUCUUUUCUCCUCUAGAGGUAUCAACAAUUAGCUUGCUGUCAGUCCAGAUGAAUGUCAGACAUUUCAAGACUAUAAGUUUACAGAUCUCUCAAUAUCGCACUGCUACAUCUCAAAGAGACUGAAGAUGUAGUCUGCUAAAUGAAUAAAUGUUCUGAUCAUUAGGCAUGCUUAUGCUGGCUUACAGAUAUAUGUAAUAAUGUUUCGAGCUUUUUUGUGUCAUAUCAUGACCUCUCAAAAAGCCAGCUGUGUAUUUGGCCCUAUUUUGGUAUUAUGAAAUCUACCUGGCACCAGUAUGUGCUUCUUCCACCUAGUCAACUCUGACGCCUACAUGCGCUCUCCAAACAUGAGCAGUGCCCACGCCAUCCACUGCAACUUUGGUGAAGUCUGCAAAAGCACAAACAGAGCUCUAGCUGUUGCUAUGGUGACAGGGUUGAGCAAUGGGGGCCUCCAGUGCAGAGCAAUUUAUCAUUUUAAUAAGAACUAUAUGUGUGUUUCAAGGGGCGGGUCUAGGCUUACAAUCAUUGGCGUUCAGUUCAUUUGAUUACACUGUAUGCAUUUGAAAGAUGAGAGGUUGAAAUGUAUUUUGAGCCCCUACAAAAGCUUCCUUUAUUUUCAGCUGUGAGAGCUGAGAGCUGUAGGCUGGGUUUAUUAUGUGAUAUCUGAUGUAAUCCUUUUUCAAAAGAUGAGACAGAAGACCCUCUGGAAUAAUGUCACGUAUUAAUAAUAUUAAACAGAAAGCUGUCACUUCACUUUAUUUAUUUCAUAUUCUUAAUUAGGGUUUAUAUUCUUAACUUGGAAAUAUUUCUUCUUGGCAUAAAUUCUUAUCAAAUGAAUUUUGGUGUUGACUUUCGCUCGUCCCCUCCUGGUAUUCAGUGUACUCAUCCUGAUUAAAUUCAAGUUGAUAAAAUUUUCAAGAGCUUUAAUGAAGACAGCGGCCCUUUGAUCUCCAGGUGCUUCGACUGCUCAUGGUGUUAAAGCUUUUAUUUUGCAAAGCACUUUUCCUGAGCUCUAAAUAAGUAUCAAAUUGCUUAAAUAGUGUAUUUAACAUUUUUUAUAGAUUCAGUUCAAGAUUUAGCACAAGGGUUUAGUGCAAGAAGAAAGGAUAUUCUAUCACCAAAUUAUAAUUCUCCUGUUUUUAAUUUUUGGGUUAACUUAAGAGUUCUAUGUUUGUUAAAAAGUAUACCAAUGUUCUUACCAUAUUCAUUUGAUAAUAAAACAAUGUUAUUUUCCAAAUGCUUGGAAGUCAGCAGUAAAUGCACCUAUAUUUAAGACUGGUGAUCCUACUAAUGUAACCAACUAUAGACCUAGUAUUCUUCCAGUGGUUUCCAAAGUAAUUGAAAAGGUAAUCUGUAAUCAUUUAAUAGAGUAUUUAAUUAUAUGCAGUUCAGAUUUAGGGCACACCAUUCUACAGAGAUAGCAAACUGUUACUUUGUUGAACAAAUUUAAUCCAGUCUUGACAGGGAAGGUGUUGUUGGUGCUGUCUUCCUUGAUUUUAAGAAGGCUUUUGAUACUGAUAAUAAUUAUAAUGUACUUUUAUCUAAACUGUCAAAGUAAAAUUUUUCUAUUAACACAUUAACAUGGAUGAAAUUUAAGUAAAAAAUGUACAAGAAUCAAUGACAUAUGGUCAUCCGUUCUUGACUCUUCUAUUGGAGUACCACAGGGAUGGAUUCUUGGACCAAUUUUAUUUAAUCUAUAUAUUUAUGAUCUACCUAUGGUACGCCCAGAGGUCAAAGUUUAGAUGUACACAGAUGAAACUGUUAUCUAUACUUAUGCUAAGACAAAAGAACAAGCUGCUAUCAAACUUACUGCUGCAUUGAACAAAGUCUCAGACUAGUUAACUCACUCCUGUCUUACUCUUAAUGUGAAUAAAACUUAGGGAAUGUAUUUUUCUAUUAAAAGAACUGAUGAGCAUCAACCAGAUAUUUUACUUAAAGUAGAAGCAAUAAAUAUUGUUGAGCAUUUUGAAUAUUUGAAUAUCAUCAUAGAUUCUAACUUAAAUCUUAGGAAACAUAUAAAAAGGUUUUUAGAGGUGUUAAAGCAAGCUUAAUGAUUUUUAGGAAUAUUAGGUAUCAGUUACCUUUGGCUGCUGCUAAACUUUUUAUGCACACCAUGAUUCUUCCGCAUUUAUCCUAUUGUGCUACAAGAUGGUCUCAAACAAGCGUAACAACAUUAAAACCAUUAUAACCUCUUUAUAAACAAGCUGUGAAAGUUCUGUAUGUAAAAAAAAAAAAAAAUAGUUAUCACAUUUUAUAGCCACUAUUGACGUUUGAAAGUUUUGUAUUUUUUGCAGAUAUGUGUUUGAUGUAUAAAUUAAAUCAUGAUCUUGCACCACCA